AGACGCGUCUCCCCGUACACGAAGGCUGUGUUAACUCGCUGUGUCUCUCACCGUGUCUCUCUCUGUGUCUCUGUUUCUCUCUGUGUCUCUGUGUGUGCAGCACGUGUAGAGUUUGUGCAGCGUCUGAGCCUGGAGACACAUCUCCCUGUACACGAAGGCUGCGUCAACUCGCUGUGUCUCUCACCGUGUCUCUCACCGUGUCUCUCACCGUGUCUCUCUGUGUCUCACUGUGUCUCUGUGUGUGCAGCACGUCUGGAGUUUGUGCAGCGUCUCAGCCUGGAGACACGUCUCCCUGUACACGAAGGCUGUGUUAACUCGCUGUGCUGGAGCGAGCGAGGGGAGCUGCUGUUGUCCGGCUCGGACGACACGAAACUCGUGCUCACGGACCCCUUCAGGCGCAAGGUGGUCGCCAGCGUGCCAUCGGGCCACAAGGCGAACAUCUUCUCGGCGCGCUUCCUGCCGCUGAGCCGCGAGCGAGUGGUGGUGUCCUGUGCGGGAGACGGGGUCAUCGCCCGCACGGACCUCGAAACCUCCCGGCAACUUGGACAGUUCAGCUGCCAUCACGGCACGGCCUACGAGGUGCUGGUGGUGCCAGGUGAGCCUCACUCGUUCCUGUCGUGUGGUGAGGAUGGCACCGUGCGCUGGGUCGACCUCCGCUCACGCACGCAGUGUGCACGCCCCGACUGCACUGAGGAUGUGCUCAUCAGCUGCCGCAGUGCCGUCUCCGCCAUGGCUCUGGACCCCGCUGUGCCGUUCCGCCUGGCGCUGGGCUCAGCCGACAGCGCCGUGCGAAUCUACGACCGCCGCAUGCUAGGCCCCGCCUCCUCCUCCGGCCCCCCCCCGUGUCCCCGCAGCGGCUGCGCGUCCGCGUUGCUGCUCCGCUUCGUGCCCCCGGGGCUGUCUCCGCGGGGACACCGGGUCACCUCGCUGGCCUACAGCGCCAGCGGCUCGCACCUCCUCGUCAGCUACUCGGCGGACAGCGUCUACCUGUUCUCGCCCAACGUGGCGGAGGGCGGAGCGGCUGGCGGUGGCGGAGCGGCUGGGGGUGGCGGAGCCGUGGAGCUGAGGGCUACGUCGACUUCGGCGGCCGGGGGAGCGGAGACGCGGAGACAGGUCUACGCGGAUGUCCCAACACGGACGAGAGAGUCUCGUCCUCUGCCAGUGAAGCGUCUGCGUCUCCGCGGGGACUGGUCGGACACGGGCCCACGGGCACGUCCAGAGAGCGAGAGGGAGACAGCCGGAGACACGGGAGUCAGCCUGAUGCAGCGGAUGUCUGAGAUGCUUUCCCGCUGGUUUGAGGAGGCGAGCGAGGGGGGUGACUCUGGGGGGGGGCGGCGGAGCGAGGGCACGGCCCCCCCUCACCCCCCUCACCCCCCGCACACGCGCCGCGUCGGCCGAGUCUCCGCUGACUCCGUCUCCGCUGUCUCCCUCGUCCGAGGGGUCGUUGUCCGCGCGUCCCCGCGGGAGGCGUGGAGUGACCCCGGCGACUCCACCGCCCACUCUCCUCCCCGCCCCCUCCUCCACCUCCUCCACCUCCUCCACCUCUCCACCUCCUCCACCGCCGCCUCCACCGCCUCCACCACCACCUCCACCACCGCCUCCGCCUCCUCCGCCGUGGCGGCUGCGGCGGUGUCUCUGCUCUCGUCGCCGGACGACGAGGGCUCUGUUGCCAUGGGCGCACCACCGGCUAAACCCGUGGUGCCAGCAGAGACUCGGACAAAGUCAGAUGUAUCCCCAGACUCUCCAUCCAUGGCCGUGAGGAAGCAGCUCCACUUGAUGCAUCUCCACGAUCACUCUGGCAAGCCGCUUACAGCUCACCACUACUCACCACUACUCACCACUACUAACCACUCACUCACUCAACACUCACUCAACGGUGGUGGUGGUGUUGUGGGUGGUGUUGGUGUUGUUCUGGGAGAUGGUGGUGUUGUUGUGGGUGGUGGUGGUGGUGGAGUUGUUGGUGGUGGUGGUGCGACAGUGGUGGAGCCGGUGCUGAAUCUGCACUACAGCACAGAGGGUACCACGCAGAGCACCAUCCAGCUCAGCUUCAGCAGCGAGUGGUCUCAGAGUUCAUUUUCCUUGGGGAGAAGAGCUGAAGAUGAAUCUGCAGCAUCAUCAGCAGCAGCAGCAGCAGCUGCUGAUGAUGAUGGCGAUGAUGCUGCAUCAUCAGUAUCAUCAGUAGCACCAUCAUCAGCAGCGGGAUCAGCAAAUGUUGGUGGUGGUGGUGACGACAGUGAUGAGGAGGCUGCGCCCAGCCCGAACAGAAGCAUCACUCGCAGGAUUGGUAAUCGACAUUUCUCAGUCAAUGACAUCAUCAGGCGCUCAGCUGCAGCACGCAUCCAGGAAGUGUUUCGCCGCCGCAAGGAGAAGAAACAGCAGGCGGAGGAGUUGGAGACUCACGGCGUGGUGAGACCUCGACCCAGCGUCACUUACAGUGGACAUCGUAACUCACGUACCAUGAUCAAGGAGGCGGUGUUCUGGGGUGAGGGCUUGGUGCUCAGUGGCUCCGACUGUGGGCACGUCUUUGUGUGGCACCGCGACUCGGCACGGCUCCUCAUGCUGCUCGAGGCCGACAACCACGUGGUCAACUGUGUCCAGCCUCACCCCUACGAGCCACUGCUGGCUACGUCCGGCAUAGACUAUGACAUCAAGCUGUGGUCUCCGAUGCGCGGCAAGGCCGAGUUCGACCAGAGACUCGCAUCCGAGGUGAUGCAGAGGAAUGCUUUGAUGCUGGAGGAGACGAGAAACACGGUGACGGUGCCAGCCUCCUUCAUGCUGCGCAUGCUGGCAUCACUAAACCACAUUCGCUCUGAUCGCAUGGAGGGUGAGAGGUCAGGCGAGUCCGAGCGGGAGGAGGAAGAUGAGUGAAGGGUUGCUGUGAAUCAAUGGAUUUGACUCCUUUACACUACACUAUACACUACACUAUACACUACACUACUAUACACUACACUACUAUGCACUACACUAUACACUUCACUCUACACUGCACUAUACACUACACUCUACUCUACACUACACACUACACUAUACACUACAUUAUACACUAUACACUAUACUAUACACUA